AUGCUGCUGCGCCACCGCCGGCGGCGCGUGGGGCCCUGGCCGUGGGCGGCGCUGCGGAGCCUGUCGCGGCUGGCGCCGCCCGCGCCGGCGGAGGUGGUCCGCGUGGACGGGAACGACGUCGCCUGCCUCGGGAAGCCCAAGCCCGGGCCGAGGCCGCGGCAGCUGCUCUCGCUGCCGCCGUUCCCUGCCGGGGAUGGUGACGCGCUCCCCGGGAGGAAGGCGGCGGCGUCGCCGCGGCGCGUGACGGCGGUCAGCUGGGUGAAGCACUACCUCGCCGACGUGCCGCAGGAGGUCGUGCAGGCGCACUUCAACAAGAGGCUGGUUUAUUCCGAGUGCUCGGAUCACGAGGUUUCAGUUGAAAGCAUUAAGAGCCAGAAGCAUCAUCUUAAAAAGAUCAAGCAUAACGAUGUGAUGGAGCCUGGCAUGAGAAUUCACCUUCCUGUGUCAGUGGCAGAGGGUGAGAUUAAGAAGCGGUAUGAGACCAUUCCAACUGCCACUUUGCAUCCGAAUAAAGACGAGAUCGAGUACCUGAAAAGGCUUGUCAUCCACAAGGAUUCUUCUAUACUUGUGCUUAACAAGCCCCCGAAAGUGCCCAUGAAGGGACAUUUGCCAGUACAUAACAGCAUGGAUGUUCUUGCAGCAGCAGCUCUGUCAUAUGGAAAUGAUGAAGGUCCAAAAUUGGUUCAUCGACUGGACAGAGAAAGUAGUGGUUUGCUGUUGAUGGGGAGAACAAAAGAAAGCUUUACUCGAUUGCAUUGGCUCUUCACCAGCGUAAAUUUAGCAAAAACAAAUUCUGAGGCAUGGAAUGCUGCCUGUGAAGCAUACAUGCAGAGGUAUUGGGCAUUGGUGAUUGGGACCCCAAAAGAAAGUGAAGGGAUUAUUUCUGCGCCUCUUUCAAAGGUACUUCUCGAUGAUGGGAAAGCUGAGCGUGUCAUUCUGGCACAUCCUUCUGGCAUAGAUGGUGCACAAGAAGCUGUAACAGCAUAUCGGGUGAUGGGACCAACUAUUAGCGGGUGCUCAUGGAUUGAGCUACGGCCAUUGACAGGCCGAAAGCAUCAGCUCCGAGUACAUUGCGCAGAAGCCCUAGGCACUCCCAUUGUUGGAGAUUACAAAUAUGGGUGGUUUGUGCACCAAAGGUGGAAGCAGAAUCCCCAACCUGACUUUGAGCCGUUCACUGGGGAGCCAUACAAGCUAAGGCGCCCAGAAGGCUUGGCAAUCCAGAAGGGCAGUGUCCUCUCUAAAGUACCUUUGCUGCAUCUACAUUGCCGGGAGAUGGUCAUCCCUAACAUCGCGAAAUUCCUGAGCAACACUGGAGAAUGGCACGAAAAUGGCACUCCAUGGUCCAAGGAGAAGCCCAAUCUCCUCAGGUUCAUCGCACCAAUGCCUGCACAUAUGAAAAUUAGCUGGAACAUCAUGUCUUCAUAUCUGGUGUAAUCAUGUGCCACUGUUGUCAACUUCAGUUUCCAUCCCAUGUAGUU